AUGCCAGGCGCGGGUACUCCUCCAUCGAUACGGAAAAUAAGCGACAGGUACGAUAAACCCUUCGCAGUGGGCUGCCUCGAACCCCAAGUGAACGCACCGCGUGCGAACGCCGCGUUCGUCGUGCUCGCGAGAAACAAGGACCUGGAGGGUGUUCUACAAUCGGUGAGAUCAAUCGAGCGGCAUUUCAAUCGAUGGUUCCAUUACCCUUACGUCUUUUUAAAUGAUGGUGAUUUCAAUGAGACGUUUCAAGAGGUCGUGGAGAAACACACGAGCGCAAAAGUAGAGUGGGGCAAGAUCAGCCCGGAGAUGUGGGGGUUCCCAGACUGGGUCGAUCCUGCUGUCGCGAGAGAGGGCAUUCAGAAGCAAGGCGACGCUGCCGUCAUGUACGGAGGGGAGGAGAGCUAUCACAAAAUGUGCCGUUUCUAUUCAGGCUUCUUCUACAAGCAUGAGCUACUGCAGAAGUACGAAUGGUACUGGCGCUUGGAACCGGAAAUCAAGUAUUUCUGCGACAUCACAUACGACCCAUUCCAACAUAUGAUACGGAACAACAAAACAUACGGCUUCACCAUUGCUAUCAAAGAGCUCAGAGAGACUGUGCCCAACAUCUUCCGAUACGCUUCCGCGUACAGAAGGAAGCACAACCUGAAUUCGCAAGGCUUGUGGGAGAUGUUUGUAGAGAAGCCCGAAGAGCGAGAGCAGAGGGAAUUAAGAGAGAAGGAGGAUGCAAAGAAAGCAAAGAAAGAUAAGAACAAGAAACCGCUCCCACAGGAGGUCCUUGACGUAGACCCUGACUACAGUACACUCCCACGUAUCGAGCCCGAGGCAAUGGAGGGCGAAACGUACAAUAUGUGUCACUUCUGGAGCAACUUCGAAAUUGCUCGACUAGACUUCUUCCGCAGCAAAGAAUACAACGAUUUCUUCGAGAUGAUGGAUCGCAGUGGUGGCUUCUGGAACGAGCGGUGGGGAGACGCACCUGUCCAUUCGCUUGCCGCGGGAGCAUUACUGGGCCCGAAAGACUUACAUUACUUCCGCGACUUUGGAUACAGGCAUACGACGAUUCAGCAUUGCCCAGCGAAUGCGCCAGCCCGCCAGUUGCCCAGGACACCGUAUCUCGAAGCGACGACCCUGGACGAGAAGGCUCGGCGCGAGGAAGACGAUUACUGGGCACACUAUGAUCCGGUGAGGGAAAACGGUGUCGGUUGCCGGUGUCGAUGCGACACCGAUAUUGUCGACGUAGAGGGCAAGCAAGGCUCGUGCCUUGCAGAGUGGGUCGAGGUCGCUGGUGGGUGGGCAACACCUCCUAGCUGGAUCUAA